AUGUCAUGUCUGGUGCUUACCACUCUACAGGGUGCAUAUAUGUGUGAUACAGACCAAUUCAUGCAAAGAAUUGAAAUAUUAGAGAAGGAAAACUUAGAAUUACGAACAGAAUGCACCACCCUAAAGAAUGCAUUUCAGAUGCUUGCUAAUUGUGUGAGCACUGAAGGACGUGGCUCGAUCAAGUCGCAUGGCUCAGUCCCUUUCUUAGAAGAUGAAGAUGGAAAUCCUCUCAAGUCGACAGCUGUUGAUUCUAUCCAUUGCACAAUGUGUCGACUCUUUGAGAUGUUGGCAUCCAAGAAUAUUGCAUCACCAUCCUGGGGACACUUAUCUGAACAAGCUUACCUUCUUUUUCAUAUUGCUAUCGGUACAGCACACACAGAACUCAGAUUCUGCUUGAACGACUGGAAAGCAAACGAACUGGCAAAGAAUGUGCAAGCAAAAGUGAGGGCUAAGGGCGUCAAACCUGAGGAACUCGAUCAAGAUAAUCUAGGCUCUUAUUCUGGUGAUGAUGAAGAUGGAGACGAUCUCGAGAACCAGAAGCAGAGUGCUGUGCCAGAAGAUCUCACACAUACCACAAAGAGACACAAGACAUACAAGUCUCCGCUCUUGUCCAGUAGCGCUACUACCCCUUCAUCAGAACCUGAAGAACUUACCUUGACCAAUCUCACACCAUCAGCAGCGCAAUGCAAUAAACCCACUGCCAUCAAGACUUGGACAGUACCUCAAAUCAAACUGAAAAAACCACUUGAUGGUCUUACCCUUCCCCAGAAGUCUCCGCUGGUGCUGCCAUCAUCAUCCGAGUCUACAACUCCAGUUCUCACAUCUGCUGUUGCCAUCUCCCAACCCAAUGCCCUUGUCGAUGUAUUUGCUGGCAAGUCUCCUGAGGCUCUGGUCGAGACUGUCACGGUCACACACCCCCUUGUUAAUAAACCCAUACAAAACAGCCAGCCCACCAGUUCGGUCUCCAGCGUUCCCAUUCACAGUGUCACCGAGCCCACCAAAGUGCCAAAGAAAGCCAGCAAGGCACGUCCCAGCAGUAAGAAGAACGGAAGGCAACAAGUCAAGAAAGAUGGGACUACAGCAGAGUUUCGUAUCUACUGGGACGCACUUGAUACCCAACAGUGCAAUUCUUACGAGUCUGAAGCAGUUCAAUUGGUUUCCUCAAACAUCUGGGUCAAGAAUACAGUCGGCUCAGUUGUCGACGGUACUUUGCAUUGA